ACACAAAGAAAAUGAUAAUCACAAAAGCUAAAACAAGACAGUGCUUCUCGUUGUGACUGUUUUUAUUGUAAUCCAAUUCAUAAUAUUCCACAUCCAACGCCACCCCCAACCUUUCAUCUUACACAACAGCAACGCAACUUGGUUCCGCGAAUCUCUCUCUCUCUAAACUAAACGAAACUAAACAGUGUUGGUGUCCUUGUAAUAAAAUAAAAUCCAAUGCAACACACAAUAACAUUUCCUUUCCUGGUUUUCUCCUCAGCUUUGGACAUUUCACCCUUAUUUCUCCACCUCUCUAAAAUCUUAUCUAAAAGCCCCUCCUCCUCCUAAACAAACCACACCUAACUCAUUAGCUACCCUACUAGCCGGCCUAAUAGCUACCUCAGCCAACCUGCCAAAAUGGCCGGCGGAGAGGAAAGCCUGGUCACGUCCGUCUUCCUUCUCGACCUCGUCCGCCAGGUUUGUGUUGUGGGGACACCCGGUGCCGGCGAUAAGAAUAAUAACAACAAUGUUUUCAGAAAGGAUUGCAUGGAUCUGGUGCGCAGGGUUUCACUGUUGACACAUUUUCUUGAAGAGAUAAGUGGGCAAUUAGGGAGUUUGAAUGCGUUGGGUUCUUGUUCGUCUUCGUCCAAGGAAAUUAAUUGGUCGUCGGAUCUGGUCGCUGCCCUCCAGUCUGCUAAGAAUCUCCUAUCGCUUGCUGGAAUUUUUCAAUCCACUAAUGAUUCUGAUAGUGCUGCCAAGAAAAUUGCGACCCUCUUUCACAGCGUGACAUGGAAACUGGAGAAGUCUUUGGCUAACAUACCAUACGAUCAAUUUGACAUAUCAGAGGAAGUGCAAGAACAGGUUGCAUUGGUGAGGGCACAGUUGCGGAGAGCCACGGAAAGAUAUGGAUCAAAGAACUCAAGGGAGAUUUCUUUUGCCUUUGCCCAGCCGAUAGAAAAAGAUGGUGACCAAUCACCAAUGGGCAACAGGUUAACUAGAAGUCGGCAUAUUGAGAAUAGUGGCGGUGUCAGUAAUAAAGUUGCAGAAAACAUUCAGACUGCAGUUUCAGGAAGUAAUGGCUCAAAAGAUCACUCUGCAUAUCAAGUGGCCAGUGAAUUGAAUGUUGUUGAUGGUGGCGAGAAAGAUUCUUUGGGCAACAAGAGUGGUGAAGACUUAAAGAAGCAUGAUACACUUCAAAUCCCUGAUGAUUUUCUGUGCCCCAUAUCUCUUGAACUAAUGAGGGAUCCUGUUAUUGUGGCUACAGGACAGACAUAUGAAAGGUCUUACAUACAGAGAUGGAUAGAUACCGGCAACUCAACAUGUCCAAAAACUCAGCAGAAGCUAGAACAUUUGACAUUGACCCCAAAUUAUGUUCUUAGAAGUUUAAUAACUCAGUGGUGUGCAGAGCACAAGGUUGAGCAACCAACAGGGUUAGCAAAUGGGAGGAUAAAAAAAAGUGAUGGAUCUUUCCGUGAUGUUAGCGGGGACAUUGCACCCAUCCAGGCAAUUGUCCGCAAGCUCUCAAGCCGAUUGAUUGAGGAUCGUAGAGCUGCAGUCUCUGAAGUCCGAUCGUUGUCCAAAAGAAGCACAGAUAACAGAAUACUGAUAGCAGGAGCAGGAGCCAUACCUGUUCUUGUCAACCUUUUAACAUCUGAAGAUACGUCAAUACAAGAAAAUGCUGUUACUUCCAUCCUUAACCUUUCUAUAUAUGAAAAUAACAAGGCACUGAUAAUGCUUGCCGGUGCGGUUCCUUCAAUUGUCCAAGUUCUCAGAGCUGGGAGUGUGGAAGCAAGAGAGAACGCUGCAGCAACCCUUUUCAGUUUGUCACUUGCAGAUGAGAACAAAAUAAUAAUUGGUGCAUCAGGAGCAAUACCAGCUUUGGUGGAAUUGCUUGAAAAUGGAAGCACUAGAGGAAAGAAAGAUGCUGCAACAGCCUUGUUCAAUCUUUGCAUUUAUCAAGGGAAUAAGGGCAGGGCUGUAAGGGCAGGGAUCAUCACAGCCUUAUUAAAGAUGCUUACAGACUCCAGAAACUGUAUGGUUGACGAGGCAUUGACUAUUCUGUCAGUUCUAGCUAGCAACCAAGAAGCAAAGGUUGCUAUAGUAAAAGCCAGCACUAUACCUGUUCUGAUAGAUUUGUUGAGGACGGGACUGCCCCGCAACAAAGAGAAUGCAGCAGCCAUUUUGCUCUCCUUGUGCAAGAGAGAUCCUGAGAAUCUUGCCUGCAUGAGUAGACUUGGUGCUGUCAUACCUUUGACGGAGCUUGCUAAAAAUGGUACAGAGAGGGCGAAGCGAAAGGCUACUUCAAUGUUGGAACAUCUUCGGAGACUACAACAGAACUAACAGAGGUAGUUGUAUGGAGAGGCAUUUUUUAUUUUUUUAUUUUUUUUCUUAACCUUAUUCCCCUAUUAUUUGGCAAUGAUUGCCGCACUAGUUCAUCACAGUGUGAAAACUGAGGAUACGAGCAUGAGAUACAAAGCCAUUCUCAUUGCUCUCUGUGUAUUGUUUCCUUUUUUAUGUGUGUAAAAAAAUACAAUUGAUCGUGUUUUGUCAUGGAAAUUUUUACGUUGUUUUCCUGUUUGAUCUUUUA